UAGGCAAGCUUGCAUUAAUGUUUCAUCAAUAUAUAUCAUCCGAAUCUUCAAAUAAUUAACUGAAAAUUAAAUUAUGUCAUCAACCAUUCGAGAACCAAAAAACAGAUUAAAAACCAAGCAUAUGCGUAAUGCGUAGAUUCUCUCAACUGGUGGGGUAUUAAUUUAUAUCUGUCUCAACGUAAUUGACAUUUUUUUUCAAAAAUUUCAAUCUAAGAAAAACAAUUAAUAGUAUAAAAUAAUUGAAUAGUCAUUAGCAUACAAAAACAAAAGUUCAGUAGUAGUGUCUUGAGAACAUGAAGUUUGACCGUUGAACACGAGAAGUAAUGAUGGUCGCAGAAGAAGAGCGUGACGAGAGGUUAUAAAAAAGAAAGCAAAAACAAAAAGUUUAAAAAGGUGGAAGUAAUCAACGAUCAGGAUUAGCUCAACACUUAUUUUUUUUAUCUGACGGUUGAGGAUGAAUUAAAUAAAGCGCGUGGAGUGUGAGUUGGGUCGAGCGUGUCGACUACGAUUAAGACACGUGUCCCCUUAUUGACCGGAUGAGCCGUUACUGUGUGUACUUUAUAAUUCCUCAAACAAAAAAAUCUCACAACAAAAAUAAAUAAAAGGGAAAUUAAAAAAAAAAUUGCUGAGGAAGAGAAAGGAGGAAAACGAAACCAUUCGGUGGUGAUGGGCCAAGCGCCGUCGUCUACGGCGGAAUCGAACGGACGAGAGAUUGAUUUGAGGUUAUGGUCUCCGGUGAUUGUUUCUGGAGGAGAAUCGAUGGCUUUGGGAAAUGUUGUGGCGGUUAGAGAUCGGGAUUUCACCGGAGAUCUGCCGGAUGAGUGUUUAGCUCAUGUGUUUCAGUUUCUUGGAGCUGGAGAUCGGAAGCGAUGCUCUCUUGUUUGUAAACGGUGGUUGUACGUCGACGGUCAGAAUCGUCAUCGGUUAUCUCUAGAUGCUAAGGAUGAGAUCUUCCCUUUCCUAACUUCUAUGUUCAAUCGAUUCGAUUCGGUGACGAAGCUUGCUCUCCGAUGUGAUCGGAAGUCUGUUAGCUUGAGCGAUGAAGCUUUGGCUAUGAUCUCUGUUCGUUGUUUGAAUCUGACUCGUGUUAAGCUUCGUGGUUGUCGCGAGAUUACGGAUCUGGGAAUGGAAGAGUUUGCUCGGAAUUGUAAAAAUCUAAAGAAGCUAUCUGUUGGAUCUUGCAAUUUUGGAGCUAAAGGCGUGAACGCGAUGCUCGAACAUUGUAAGCUUCUGGAGGAAUUGUCGGUGAAGCGACUUCGAGGAAUUCAUGAAGCAGCCGAGUUGAUUCACCUGCCUGCUGGUUCAUCUUCUUCGCUCAGGUCGAUUUGCUUGAAGGAGCUCGUUAAUGGCCAGGUAUUUGAACCAUUGGUUGCUACUACAAGAACUCUGAAAACACUUAAAAUUAUUCGUUGUUUGGGUGAUUGGGAUAGAGUUCUUCAGAUGAUUGGAGAUGGUAAGAGUUCUUUAAGUGAAAUUCACCUAGAGAGACUCCAAGUGAGUGACAUUGGGCUAUCUGCGAUAUCUAAAUGCUCAAAUGUAGAGACAUUGCAUAUAGUAAAAACUCCAGAAUGCUCAAACUAUGGUCUGAUUAAUGUAGCUGAGAGAUGUAAGCUGCUGAGGAAACUUCAUAUUGAUGGUUGGAGGACUAAUAGGAUUGGUGAUGAAGGUCUAAUCUCUGUUGCUAAACACUGCUUAAACUUACAAGAACUUGUUCUGAUUGGUGUUAAUGCAACUCAUAUGAGUUUAGCAGCCAUUGCUUCAAACUGUGAGAAGCUUGAACGAUUAGCACUUUGUGGAAGUGGAACAAUAGGCGAUACAGAGAUCGCUUGCAUCGCUAGGAAAUGUGGAGCAUUGAGGAAAUUUUGUAUCAAAGGAUGUCCUGUUUCGGAUCGAGGGAUUGAGGCGCUCGCUGUGGGUUGUCCUAAUCUGGUGAAAUUGAAGGUGAAGAAAUGUAAAGUGGUAACUGGAGAGAUUGGAGAUUGGCUGCGUGAACAAAGGAGGACACUUGUGGUGAGCAUGGAUAGUGAUGAAACCGAAGCGGUGGUGGUGGUGGAUGGUGAGGUUGAAACCGUUGUCGAGGAGCCGAGGGUGGUUCAAGCAGGUGGAAUUGUGGCAGAGAUUGGUUCAGGUAAUAGUGGUGGCAACAAUGGAGGAAGUAGAUUAGCAACGAUUAGGUCAAAGUUAGGGUUUCUUGCUGGAAGAAACUUGGUAACUUGCACAUUCAGAAGAUGGUCUCAUAAUGAUAAUGCUAGUAGUUCUGCUGAGCUAUAACUAUAAAAACGGUAAUUGUCAAAAAGAAUCUUUGUUUAUGUGAAAUUUCUGUCUUUAUUUGUAAUCCUCUUUCAUUUUCAUGUGUGCAAGACUUGUCGAUUAGAAAAGUCAGUCCAAGGACGAACAUUUAUUGUAUUGAGUAUUGACUAUUGAUUUGGGAUUCGGAUUUAUUUGUUUUCUCUCUUUGGAAUCUCAAUGUUAGUCCAUUGAUGUGAA